AUGUCAGAACCAGUGAUGGAGAAUAUGGCACCUGAAGAUGUGGUAAAACUUGAGAAAGAAGAACAUAUUGUACCGGAUAUUGGCGUCUCUUCGAUUUCUACCACUGAACCCCUGUCUCCAUCGGGUAUACCAAGGGAAUCAUCUGGAACUGUUACCUCUGCAACUGCAGCUACAACAGAAAGAGAAGUAUCACCCAAGAAGGAACUACAAAUUGAUCAUGAUCGUGUUGAUCCAGUAGCGAUGAUCGGUGGGUCAACCACUAGAAGAUAUUUGAAUGAACAUGUAACAAAACAUUUAUUGGAAGGAAUGAAACUGAUAGCCAGAGAAAAGCCCGAGGAUCCACUUCGAGUAUUAGGCCAGUUCUUGAUUGAUGCAAGCGAAAUGAACCAGAAGCCUUCAUCGUAG